UAAUAAUUGCGGUUUAUAAUAUAAUAUAAUACUCCUAGUAGUAAUAUUUUUCACAUUAAUUAAUUAGUCCUCUGAAAAUCCUUUUGAGCUAUAUAAACACCACUCAUCUAAUUCACUUUCUCACUGAUCUCUCGAUCAAUCCCUGACUUUUGCUUUAUUAUAAUUAUAAUUAGGUACUAGCAAAAUGGGUGCACUUGAUUACCUCUCCAACUUCUGUGAUACUGUAAGUGUAACCACCAGCACCAUUAAGAGGUCCAAGCGCAAAGCAAUGCAGAGCAUGUAUAAUUUCAGACAGUUGAUAUAAAAGUGAGGAUGGACUGUGAUGGUUGUGAAAGAAGAGUUAGAAAUGCAGUGACUUCAUUAAAAGGUGUGAAAUCUGUGGAGGUGAACAGAAAGCAAAGCAGGGUGAUAGUGAGUGGUUAUGUUGAUCCAAACAAGGUGUUAAAGAGGGUAAAGAGUACUGGGAAAGUAAGAGCACAAUUUUGGCCUUAUGUUGAACAACAUCUUGUUUACUAUCCUUAUGCUUAUGGAGCCUAUGACAGAAGGGCACCCUCUGGAUUUGUUAGAAACAUUAUGCCGCCGGCUGCCUCAUCCAAUAAUCAUCAAGAUGAUGAGAAUCUUGUCUCCCUUUUUAGUGAUGACAAUGUAAAUGCAUGUUCCAUCAUGUAAUCUAAUAAUCGUCAUUAAUCCAAUUCAUCAACAAAAUAUAAUCAACUUGGCUCCUUCAAAUUAAAACAAAUCAUCAUGAGUAAUUUGUUAGGACAUGUUUCUAAUAUCAAUAAUUCAUUUACUUAUCUA